UUGUGCUAGGUGCUGGGGAGUGUUUGUUGUGUCUUUCCAUCGAAGUUUACAUACCUACUGCUUACGCCACGUGCAUUGCUUCGUUUUAGUUACCAAAAUAAGAUUUCUUAGUUUACCACAUAUCGUAAUUAGUGAGUAUUUUUGCAGUACAUAAUGGCAGUAAAUGGUGUGUGUCCAUUCAUCUUGACCCGGAAGCUUGUCUUUCACACGCUCUUGACGCUGGUGCUCAUCUUGGCUUCCGCCACUCAAGGUGCAAUCCUGAACCUGUUCUUCAUCACUGCUGCACCUAAUGACACCCGCCCAUACUUCUGGUUCCUUGCAGACUUCCUUGUGGUUAUGAUAUUUGCUCUCACAAUGCUACGUAGUUACAGCCACUGGAAGAAGUCUGAUGAACAGUUAGUCAAAAGAAAAUCGUAUGCCAAGCAUUCUGAAUCUGCAAAGCAGCAAUCCAUUUUCAAGAGAUACCAGUACAUUCUGGGUUAUCAUCCACUAGGCUACAUUUCUUGGAUGUUCUACUCCUUCUUCCUCAUCAUGAAAAUUGCUAUGAUUUUCAAGUUUGAAAUAGUCAAUCAGCUUAGUGAAGAGUCUUUCCUUACACCUCAAGUGAUGAAGAUGGCCAUUGCCUUGACUGCUUUGGUUUUCUUUGUGUUUGUGGAAGGCCAUUAUGAUGCUGCGAGGCACUCAAUGCGGGCCUUGUAUAUUGCAAACUUGGUCAAAAAUUACACUUUUGAAAUCUUUGAUGCCAUCACAUUCCUAUCUUUAUUGUUUGUGUCAGAGACUAAAAUGGUUUUCUCAUUUGCUUUUGAAAACACUAUAAUAUCUUUUGGUUGCAUUACACUCCUCCUUCCCAAUAUCUGCCUGUACAAACUAAGCCAAAAUGACUAUGGCCGUGUUAGAUCCAGUACAAUACUUGCAUUUAUUUACACUAUGCUGCAUCUCUUUCUCGUCAACAUACCAUACAUGUGUGUCCGCAUUUACCUCUGGGUCAUGAUGCGUGAGCCUGUGUCUAUAUUUCUAGUUAAGAAUGUUCUUAACAUUCUUUUGACUCUUCUUGAAAGCACUUCUGAUUUUCCUGAACUGCGGGUGGCUGUCCUACAUAAAUUGGGCUAUGCUGCGCGGCAACCUGAAAAUAGCGAGUGCUCUCAAUCUGAUGACACUAACACGCUCAAUAAAUCCUCUACACAACAAGAUGAUGAACAUAUUGAGCUCCCACAGAAUGGCACUCUUCCACACCGGGCCAAAACGAAUGCCCGAACAUCUGCUGAACAAUCUGUUUAGUCUCUACCAGUUUAUUGUAAUUUCAAGUAACUUGAAUCAUUCUCCAUUUGUUGUUGAAUUUUAUUUUAAUGUAAGAAACGCAGAUUCUUAAAGAAUUUUAGCACAGCUACCUUUAUUAAUGAAUCUCAUUUAGUGAUCUGAUCAUAGCGUUAAGGGUGUAAGGUCUUGUAUGUGUCUCAGCUUGAAUGUAUCUUGUGCCAAUGUUCAGUGAUGUUGGAAAAUAAAUAAUUUAAAGUGUAACUGAAACUAUGUUCAGUGCUAAACCCAUGGUUUCUCAGUUUGAAGCUCCAUAUUUUUGUGUUAUUACCGCUGUCAAGGACACGAUCAUUCUGGUCUACAUUUUUUUUCUUGUUAAAUAUUCGGACUUGAAAUACAACGGUUUCAAAUGAGCUUCAUAUUCCAUCUUUUGCCUAAUGAUCGACCAACAAAACUUGAACCUGUGCCUUUUGAUAGGAUGAUGGCCCAUCGUUCAGCAUCGCUUCGAAGUGCCUUUAAACUGAAUCGUAAUUUUGUAUUGAUAAUGUAAAACUAUUCUUGCUAAAUUUUAAGAUUGCUUCAUGUUAUCGAUAGUUACUGUGUGAAUUGAUCAAGGUAGGCAGGCAUUCAUUUCUUUGCUUGUUUCAUCCUUAGCUGCUCAAUCAUACGUGUCUCAAGUAACUUUAUUGUGCAGCUUUAUGUGUUAUCCCUUGUUGAUUAUUCUCCAAGUACAAAUGACGUAACUUUACAUUCGAUUUGCAUGCAUUUAUUGCCGUGCUAAGCGUCAAUAACAGAUCUUAAACACACCUAAAGCAUAGCAACUAGACAAUAUUCAAGCUAUCUUUCCUCAUAUAUAUUGUGCCUGAUCAUUAGCAGCAUUCCUCUUACGUGAAUAAGCUCUUCCUGUGAUAUUGCAUUUAAGUAUUUAUCAACUGAGUAUUUUUCCUUUACAGUAUUCAUUAAAUUUUGAAUUUAUAUUUUCAUAUCCAUGUAAAUUUUAGGAUUAUCUAACAAUUGGCUCAUUUCCACCACAUUAAUUUAAGGCUCGUCAUUGCAAUGCUUUAUGUACGUCUUUUACAAACAUGGAAUUUGUCAUUUAACGUUGAUAAUGAGCGUUAGUUCUUUUCCCAUUGCAAUGUUUCUGUGUUGAUAGGUUUACCGUGUAGCGUUUACUUGAGUUCUACAGCUCGUUUUGAUGAACCGGCGUUGUCCAAAAAUUAAUCUCGUGAUGCCCGAUGAUUUAGCUUGUAAUUCUGUUGCUCUGCCAAUUUCAUCAGGUAUUGUUAUGAUGAAGAUGUCUCAUUACAAUGACAUUCAUUGUUCUUGCAAUCUCAUUCCUCUAUUAUAUUGUGUAUUUAGUUUCUCUUCUGUUCAGUGCACGUGCUACAAUACUGGGUAAAUACCCAUAUUUAAUGAUCAAAUAAUCUCAUGACAAUAUUUCUACUGUGUUACAUCACAACAUUAAGUCUAUGCAAUAUUACUACUCUAAGCUGCCCUUCUCUGUCCUUAAUGUGUCCCGUUGUAAUGGUUAACCUUGAUGUCCUUCUCUGUCCUUAAUGUGUCCCCGCUGAGUGAACGCGCAACAUAACGAUGCUGUCCUUUCUGUGAUACGGUCAUCUCAAUUAUGCUGUGCGAGUCACAGUCUUAACUGUAUUUGGUGCUUCUGCUGCAACUGAAAAGGAAAAUGAAGCCUUUGAUGAGUUUUGUGCAUAAAAUUUAGCUUGAUGUUGAUCCAGAUCUCUGAUUCAUUCUCCAGUGAAUGUUCCAGUUGAAAGAAAGAGGGUCAAUUAGAUGAAAAAUUUUGGAGCGACUCCAUUUCAUUAGUGAAAAUCGUUAGUUGAGCAAUGAAUCAAAAUAUUACGGCUUUGAUGUUCAUCCUUGAACUUACUAUUCCUGUGAAAAUUUCAAUUCUGGAACUGCAAACACACCUAAGUCUUCUUGCCUUCUUUUUCUCGUAAACCUACGUAGCUUAUUCUAUUGAACUCGCCUUGAAUAUGCAACACGUUUCUUCUCCCAGUUGAUAGUUUAGUAAAAUUUCUCGCAAUUGUUCUAUGUCAUUUGCGUCUCUUUCGCCAAUUAUGUUCACAUAUCACAACCGACAUGCACCCUCGUAUUCUGCCUGAAAUAAUUCCUUCCCUUAAAUCUCUUCACUAAAAAUGACUGGUGAAUAGUUAUGCAGCAUACGUAUAUUUAGAUCUAAGAUACGUGAUCCAUUACGUCUUUCGUCUUCGUAGCUCUCUAAGAUAACUGUUAAGCUUUGCAUUCGAUCUGUCAAAACUUAUGCAAUCAACACACAAUAUGUGACUUUCGUCUUUUUUCACUUGAUCAGAGGUAUAAUUUCUCGUUGCACGAAUCUUAUUUUAUUGGUUUUAGUUAAGGUUUAUUUGUGUAAUACUAUAGGUUGAAUCGAUUAAAUUUCUCUUCCAUUGUUGAUGUCUACACUUCACAAUCCUAAGCUUUUGCAUCCGUUUAACUUCGACAUUUUUGGGGUUAAACCUAAGCCAAAGUUCCGCAGUGCGAUUCUCGUGCACCGACACGAGUCUGUUCUGAUGGACCGUCAGCUGCCGAGCCUUGGCCAGCGUCUUGUAUAACUUGAUGAAUAUUUGCUUCAUUUGUAAUCAAACAUACGCUGUACGCUCUUCAACUAAAAGCUUCCAGUUACAUUGAGGCUUGCUGGCAACUUUACUUGGUACCACUUCUGUGUUCUAAGAUGUCAUAUAUUAAUUUAAUUAUUGACGUGAUGAAAUAUUUUAGUCGAUGAUCAUAACGUCGCGAAGUUAUGUGAUUUUUAUCUGGAGUAAUGAGCAUAGUGUUACCGUGUAGCGAAUAGUGCCCGCAAAUAUUGCUGCGGCGCGUUUUGACAUACCUGCUGGUUUCGCUGAAUAUUUAAUACUGUUCUGCGUUUGCUAGCUCUUGCCUCAUUCAUAAUUAUAUUAUUUUUCAUAAAUUUGCAACUUUUCUUCGCCUUUCGCGCAUGACAAAAAACUAGAUUCUUCGAGAGUCUAAUACAUUCUGCAUUUUGUACGCGAUACAUUGCGCUAGAUUUAUUAAUAAACAAUUGUAAAACCAA